CAGGGUAUGGGACUCGUUGGCAGCAUAUAGUCAUAAUAAUCUGAAUCUGAAUUCAUUAUGAUUAUUUUAAUUAAUAUUCUAAUCCUCACAAACGGUCUUCCACUCAGAAUCUGGGAAAUCCCAGGGCCCGCCAUGAUGUCAUAACUCGACCCUUUGGGACCAGCCCGCAAUCACGAAAGGGUCUAGGUUUGGCAUUCUUGAUUAGCGCUGACUUGCGGCUUUUCUAUAGCUUCAUUAACUCUCUCCGGCCCUGUCCGAACUCUUGGACUUGCUUAUUUUUUUCUUCCUCAAACACCGAAAUUUAUUGGAAUUCCCCUCGAGCCACUUGAGACCUGGGGCCUUUGUCACGAAGAAAUAGAGGCAAUUGCCGACCAUGUCGAUUAAACGGGCCCUCUCCAAGGCCAUUCGGGGCCAUGUCGCUGACGAUGACUCGUCGGGCUCCCACGUUCGCUCACUCUCUCUCGGGUCCUCCAAACCGCGCAUCUCGACAUCGCGCGAUUCGAACGCCCACAAUUCCCCCACCGCAUCUCCUCGUCGCAGUAUCCUAGGCAACUUCUUCCGUGAGAGGGACUAUGUCUCUUCCUCCGAGGACUUCUCGGAUGAUUCAUCAUCCACCGGCAACCUGAGUAAGAACCAGCAGAAACGACUCGUGCGACAGCAACGCCGCAAUGAACGUUCUCGUCUCAGUGAAGAGCAAUUCUCCGAGUCCGACCACAAACGGAAGGAGGAGGAGCUUGCUAAGGCGGCUGCCGAGGAGACCCCAGAGAUGAAGGCCCGCUAUGGUGAACUGCCCCUAAUGCAGUCACAGAGCCGCCCACGCGAGGAGCGAAUUUCGCUUGACGCAAUCACUCCGGACAUGGAGGGGCAGGACGUUUAUUUCACGGCACGCUUGCACGUUGUGCGUCGCAUGAGUGCGAAGCUGGUCUUCCUCGUGUUCCGCCAGCAGCUGUCCACCUUCCAGGGUGUGCUGCACGAGCGCCCGGGCGUCUCCUCUAUCGCCAUGGUCUCAUGGGCUGAGCAUCUACGCGUGGGCUCCUUCUUGCGUGUUCGUGGCAAGAUUCAAAAACCCGAAGUGCCGGUUCUGGGCUGCAGCAUCCACAACGUCGAGCUGGCUAUCGAAUCCGUGCAUCUGCUCGUCAAGCGCGAAGAACCUGUGCCAUUCAGUGUCUACGAGGCUGAAAUCCGUACCAAUGAGGAGGACAAGGCCGAAGGUCGUCGCAGCCACAUCCCGGAUCGUACUCGCCUCAGCAAUCGCUUGCUGGACCUUCGGACUGCCACUUCUCAAUCCAUCUUCCGGCUACAGUCGGCAACUUGCAAUCUCUUCCGUAGCGCCCUCGAUGAACGAGGGUUCAUUGAAAUCCACACUCCCAAGCUGCAGGGUGCUGCCACCGAGUCUGGUGCCAGUGUCUUUCAGGUUAAUUACUUUGGCCGUCCUGCCUUCCUGGCUCAGUCUCCCCAGCUGGCCAAGCAGAUGGCCAUUGCCGCCGACUUCGGUCGUGUGUAUGAGAUUGGCGCCGUCUUCCGUGCCGAGAACUCUAAUACCCAUCGUCACUUGACCGAAUAUACUGGUCUGGAUAUCGAAAUGGCCAUUGAGGAGCACUACCACGAGAUGCUCGAGACUCUGGAUGCUACCAUCAAGAACAUUCUGGGUGGUAUCUACAGCAAGUACCGGCGAGAAAUUGAGGCGGUCAAGCACCAGUUCCCAUCAGAAGACGUUGUGUGGUUGGAGAAGACCCCUAUCAUUCGCUUCACCGAUGGUAUCCAGAUGCUUAAUGACUCGGGCUGGCGUAGCGAGGAUGGCAACCUUCUUCCUCUGGAUGAAGAUCUGGCUACUCGUGAUGAAAUCCGUUUGGGACAACUGGUCAAGGAAAAGUACGGCACCGACUACUACGUCCUCGACAAGUUCCCCCGCGGUGCCCGUCCGUUCUACACCAUGCCGGAUCCCGAGGAUGACAAAUUUACAAACUCGUUCGACAUGUUCAUCCGUGGCCAGGAGAUUGUCUCUGGUGGCCAGCGUAUCCACGAGCCGCAUAUGCUCGAGGAGAACAUGCGCAAGAACGGCAUCAACCCCGACGAUAUGGAGGAGUACCUCGAGGCAUUCCGCUGGGGUGCCCCACCCCAUGCCGGUGCCGGUGUUGGCCUCGAACGUCUGCUGAUGCUCCUGCUUCAGGUGGGCAACAUUCGUCUCACCUCGCUCUUCCACCGAGACCCGAAGAGUUUGCCCGCCAAACCGCCCGUCCAGCAGCUUCGCCAUCCCGAGGCUUCCACAAUGGAGCCUCCUUGGCACGAACAUUCCCAGUUGGCGGCUGAUGAGAGCGAGCUGCAGCCGCUGGAGAAGCUGGUUGCAAACUACGGAGACGCCACCUCCACUUCCUGGUUCGAUGAUCGAUUCAAGAUCUGGCGUGAUAUGGCCACCGGCGCUGCCGUGGCUUACGUGCCCAGCAGCAGCAACUAUGUCAUCAUCCCCGGUAACCCCGCCUGUGACUCUUCUCAGUACUCUCGUACCAUCACACAGUUCCUGCAGUGGCUACGUCGGGAGACCAAGUACAAGCCCGUCUGGAUUCUCUGCUCUCCCGAGGUCGAGACUAUUCUAGGCGAGCGCCUAGGUUGGCGCAGCUUGUCCUGCAUUGCCGAAGAGCGUGUUGAACCGUCACGCAACCAAGCCGCCUCCGACGGCGAGAUUGCCCGCAAACUGCGCCGUGCUGAGAACGAAGGCAUCAAGGUUGUCUCUGUCAACCAGGGCGAGUUGCCUCCUGAGGACAUCCGCAAGAAGAUCGAUGAACGCAUCGCCGAAUGGCUUGCCAACCGCAAGGGUACACAAGUGCAUCUGUCCGAGAUCCGCCCGUGGAUCGACUCCGAGCACCGCUGGUAUUUCUACGCCAUGGACAAGGAAGGUGUCAUCUGCGCCUUUGUCGCGCUGGCGAUGAUCUCCCCCGCCCAUGGUAUGCAGGUCAAGUACAGCUUGGACUUCCCCAACUCACCAAACGGUGUCAUCGAGUACAUCGUCACGCAAGCCAUCCAGACUGCUUCCAGGGGUGGUGUCAGUGGCCUGACCUUCGGUGCCGGUGCUACCAGCAGACUUAUUCCCGGCCACAAUCUGCACGGCGCCAAGAUCAAGAUGCUGGAGCACACCUACGAGGCGCUUGCCAAGCAGUUCCAUCUCGUGCGAAAGAGCGAGUUCCGUGCCAAGCUGGGCGCCACCGAGGAACCGCUGUAUAUCGCCUAUCCAGCUCACGGCCUCGGUUCCAAGGGUAUCCGUGCCGUCCUGAACUUCUUCGAAGAUUAAACUCGCUGGAAUGAUUCAGACGGAUUUUUUCCGAAGAAGUUACGAUCUCAUGGCAAUUUAUGAAUUAGCGCAAUCUUGGCGAGUACUUGACCGGUUUUCAUAGGGAUUCCAUCAUGGAGGAUGCCGAGGACACGCUAUAGAGUAGAGGGGGACAGGGAUUACAAGGAAGUCAAUCGUCGGAAAAGAAAGGGGAGGAGAGAAGAUUGAGUCUGCCAUUUGCCAGAUAUGUCCACUUGACUUUGGAUAUUGCACCUUUUGUUGAAUUCUUGCUGUGUUUUGUGUGCCUCCCUGAUGGUUUAUCGUUGCACAUUGCUUGCUUGGAACAUUUUAUUCCCCCUCCUGUAUCUGCCCACCGUAUGUAUCUCCUAUUCGCUUACUCGGUGUUAUUUAAUGUCCACGUUUGAUUUCAAUUUGUAUACAUGGCGAUUAAACAAUACUGGGGUAGUAAACACUGCAUUAGUAGAUUCAGAUAGGCCGAUAUUGCAACUCCUAUGAACGACUCAGGUCCACUUUCUAAAUAUACACGGUACCCAGUCCUUGAAACACGAAUACGCCAACGCCUCUCUGAUCAUACAGACAAUGAGAUAACAAAACAAAAUACAAAAUUACCUCUCCUUCUUCGCCUCCACCUCAUCCCUCUCAAACCUCGCAUCCUCAAUUACCCUCCCCAGCUCACCCACCACCCACCGAGCGACCACUCCCGCCACGAUGGCAACGACAACAAUCCACCCUGCAGUCGGCACCAAUGACCGCGGAAACACAUUCCACAAGAACGGAUCGAGGAUCACAUCGACCGCGACGGGGGGUACAUCGCGCAUCAACGUCUCGUCCUUCGAGAAGUAGUCCGCUGCUGCGCGGACGCGUAGGAAGAGUACCGAGUCACUGGUUGGUGCAGGGUCAUUGGCGUGUUUGGUGUUGCGGUUGCGAAUGGAGUUUGCUUGGAGGUGAGCAUCCAAGUCUGAUAGACGGGAUGCAGAAAAUCUGCUGAGGGAGGUGAGGAGGGUUGAGUCUCCGAUUGUUGAAGGUACGGAGUGUGUUGAUAGAGUGAAGGAUGUUGGUUGCUGGGGUAUUGUUAGACUCAGU